AUGCCCCCAUCAGACUUUGCGUACGCUAACAUUGACGAAAUUGUCGACAAGCUGACCACAGAUGAGGCUAUUUUACUCACUGGCGGUGUUGGCUCAUGGCACACGUAUGCUGUGCCGCGGCUCGGUAUACCUGCAAUCAAAGUCAGCGACGGCCCUAAUGGCGUCAGAGGGAACCAGUAUUUCAUGGCGACCCCAGCUAAGUGCCUGCCGUCGUCUACGGCGCUUGGCUCGACAUGGGACGUCGAGCUUAUGGAAGAAGUUGGGCUAAAACUUUUGGCUGGCGAAGCAAAACUGAGGGCUGCACCUGUCAUCCUGGCGCCUACAUGUAAUAUUCAGCGUAACCCACUAGGCGGCCGAAGUUUCGAGAGCUUUGGAGAGGACCCAUUUCUGUCCGGGUACAUGUCUGCUGCGUACGUGAAGGGAGUGCAGAAAGGAGGAAUUGGAACUGCAAUCAAGCACUUCGUGUGCAAUGACAAGGAGAAUGACCGCAGAGGCUACGAUGUGCGAGUCAGCGAGCGGGCAUUUAGGGAGAUAUACCUCAUGCCCUUCAUGCUUGCGCAAAAACACGCCAAACCGUGGUCGUUCAUGACUGCUUACAACAGGGUGAACGGGACACACGUAUCGGAAAACAAGUAUAUCCUCCAAGACAUCUUGAGACGAGAGUGGAAGUUUGAUGGGCUCGUCAUGAGUGACUGGUACGGGACAUACAGCAUAGACUUGCCUCUAAACGCAGGGUUAGACCUCGAGAUGCCCGGUGUAAACAAGCUUCGUACUCUCGACUUAGUCAAUCGGGCCAUCGUUGCCAAGAAGACAUCGACAAGAAUCGUGAAGGAUCGUGCGCGAAAAGUUGUCGAGCUAGCGAAGCGAGUAGCACAGGAGGCUCCAGAGAUUCUCGACGGCGACGGAAGAGAGCGAACUGUUGAAAGUGAAGAAGACAAGGCUUUGAUGCGGCACCUCGCCGGGGAGUCUAUUGUAUUGCUCAAGAACGAGGGUAAUAUCCUCCCCUUGCGACCUGAGACGCUUAAGAAGGUCGCAAUUGUCGGUGGAAAUGCUAAGGCCGUAGUCCUAUCGGGUGGUGGCUCUGCCUCACUCAAGCCUUCCUAUUUCACGUCGCCGUACGAUGGCUUGGUCGACGCGCUCGGGCCCGAUAUUGAAGUAACAUACAGUGAAGGCGCUAGUACAUACAUGGUAAUGCCGACACUUGACUUCGAGAUGGUGACAUCUACUGGUGAUCGAGGGUGGAUUGGCUCGUGGUAUUCUCAUGAAAGCGACGACAGCAUGAAACCCCUGUCUAUGCCUAUUCAAACGGGAGUUAUCGACGAAACCCGGGUUUUCAUCAGCACUUACAUGCCCGAAGGUAUUACGAAACGAUGGACACUCAAACUCGAGGGUCAGCUAAGACCAAGGCCUUAUGACUGCGCCUUCGAGUUUGGCUUGACAGUGGCAGGCAGGGCAAAACUCUUCGUUGAUGGUAAUCUGGUCAUCGACAAUUGGACGCGUCAACGUCGCUCUCUGAGUUUCUUCAGCAGCGGAUCGAUGGAAGAGCGCGGUGAAAUCCAUAUCAAGGCCAACACGAGCCCGAACAUUUUCGUCGAGUUCUGCAAUGUGCGUGGCCCUGCUGAGGGUGAUGAGGUCGAAGCAGUAUUAUACAGCAAUCCUGGAGUUCAAUUAGGUGGAGCGGAGGUCCUUGAUCCGGAUAUCAAAAUGGCCGACGCUGUAAGACUCGCAAAAGAGGCCGAUGUAGUGGUAGCUGUCGUGGGUCUCAAUGGGGAUUGGGAGACAGAAGCAUAUGAUCGCACUACUUUGGCCUUACCUGGCAGGACAGAUGAACUGGUUUCAAAGUUAGCAGCUGCGAAUUCAAAGACUAUUGUAGUCACAGAAGCGGGCUCUGCCAUUGCGAUGCCCUGGGCAGAUUCGGUGACAGCAAUUGUGCACGCGUGGUAUUUGGGCAACGCUACUGGUACAGCGAUUGCAGACGUUUUACUGGGCAAGAAAACCCCAUCAGGGAAGCUAUCUAUGACAUUUCCUGCACGUCUUGAGGAUGUCCCAAGUCAUGGCCAUUUUAACUCGGACAAUGGCAGUGUUCAUUAUGGGGAAGAUCUGUAUGUUGGAUAUAAGCACUACCACCACCGCGAUAUUGCACCUCGAUUUGCAUUCGGCUAUGGGCUAUCCUACACUCAAUUCACUUACUCUGAUCUCCGCCUAUCCUCUCCUGUGAUGUCUAACUCUGAGUUCUCUCUCACUGUGAGCGUUAUCGUCAGCAAUGUCGGGAAGGUCUCUGGAUCCGAAGUUGUCCAACUCUAUGUUGUCAUGCCUUUAACCUCUGCACUCACGCAUCCACCGCUGCUGCUACGUGCUUUCAGCAAAGCGAAGGACUUAGACCCAAUGGAAAGCCGCAAGAUUGAGUUCUCCUUGGACAAAUAUGCCGUAUCUUACUGGGAGGAGCGCUUCUCUGCGUGGGUUGUCGAGCCAGGAACUUACGGUGUUAGAAUUGGCCCAAGCAGCAUGGACCUGCCACUGCUCGGAGAAUUCACUCUGAGGAGUGGUUUUGAGUGGAAUGGACUUUGA